AUGUACGCGUCUUCUCCUUUGUUUAUGGCGACCAGCAAGACAUCUUCGAGCGUUGGGACGAGCGGGCAUGGAGACGAGGGCUUCGGGCUGCCUCAGAGGCGGAAGACUUUCUCUGUCAGGAAGACACGCCUUUUGAACGGUGAUCGCAUGAAUCGCGCAUUUACUACGGACGAUGUUCAAAGCUACCCAUCUUCGUCCAAGACGUUCUAUCCCGAGCCCACGAUGAAGCGUCAGAAGAGCGACCUGCGUUCAGUGGGACAUGCGCUGCGCAACCUCCUACCUAUACGACGUGCAGCCUCCGAGGCGCAAACCCAGCAAACGACAAAGCCAUGCACGCGCUCCGCCUCUGACUCGCGCUGGCAAACGCGGAAACAGCAUACUCGCAAGAUUUCCCUCGCGUCGCUGGCAUCCACCUUCCUUCCUUCUAAGGACGUAUCGCUCCCCUUACGAUACUCCCCAGAGACCUACGAGCCAGAAUCGCCUCCGGCCGACCGAGAAUCUCCGCGCAUCCGCCUCCGAAGCGGCUCUUUCUUUGGGCGCAUGUCAUCUGGCAACACCUCGAGAAGGAGAAAUAGGCUGUCCAUGCUCAGCAAUUCGACCAACUCAAGCGGGAAGAAGAGUGAUCAGGACGAUUCGGACAGCUGGCGACGGAGCUCGUUUGUUGUUCACGACGAAGACGACGAUGAUGAUCCUUUCCGUCCGCCCACGCCUUCGUAUCUUCGUGACCCUGCAUCUGCGCCUGCUUCAAUACGAGGUUCGUCCGGAUGUCACGUCGGUGCAAGUCCUCGGGCGCUCGUACUUCAUGUGUCCGACCUUGCCCAUUUCCCUCUGUAUCCUGUUUACGAAGUCGGACACAAACACCUCCCGAACCUCCCGAAAUACACUGAGGUCGGUUCAGGCCUCUCCCCGACAACUCCACCCAUGCAACCCAUGCUCCUCUCCACCUUCGAUCUAGCUUCUCCCUUCGUUCCGCGUCGCCCUCACCUUCGCGCAAGGUACCACCUGCCAAAGCCUACGAUCCGAGGACGCACGUUAUCCUCCGAGGAGAGCAUGCGGUCACCUGCGCGAUAAGGUGCUAAUCAUCCACCAAACGCGUCGCGCAUCGCGUCCGCCUUAUGACCUCGCGGGGCAUAUAUAUAAGGACCUGUAUGGGGUGGAGGGUCGCUGCUUCCCCUGCCCGACAUGGUCUCUGCGUGGCUA